AGAUGCGGGUGAAAGAUCCAUCAAAGGCUAUAACUGAAAAAACCAAGAGACACAAAAAGUCAAAUCAGCCUCAGGAUGAAGACUCCUCAGAUGAUAUUGCAGGAAAAGGUCUGACAUGCCAGCAUGUAAGCCAAGCAGUUGAUGUGCAUCAUGUGAAGAAAGUGGUAGCUCAGAACGUCUGGUCUGUAUGUUCAGAGUGCCUAAAGGAAAGGAGAAUAUGUGAUGGUGAGCCAGUAAUGCCUACAGACAUAUGGCUUUGUCUCAAAUGUGGAGCUCAGGGCUGCAGUCAAAACUCAGAAGCUCAGCAUUCUCUGAAACAUUUCCAGACUACCCGGACAGAACCUCAUUGCAUUGUAAUCAAUCUCAGUACAUGGAUCGUAUGGUGCUAUGAAUGUAAUGAACAGCUGUCGACACACUGCAACAAGAAGGCUUUGGCACAAAUAGUUGACUUCCUCCAAAGACACGGUACCAGAAAUGAAACAAGUUCAUCAUCAAAAAUUAUACGGUUAAAUGAAGACAACAAUGACACAAAUGAUGAAUUAAAGGGAAGAAGCAUCAGUUCCAGUUGGGCGUCAGUUCCAGUUAAAGGAAUUAAUAACUUAGGAAACACUUGCUUCUUUAAUGCUGUUAUACAGAACUUGGCACAGACACACAUGUUAAAUGAGCUAAUGUGUGAAAUGAAGGAAAAGGGGACAAAGUUGAAAAUAGGUCAAAAUCCACUGUCCCAACUGGACCCUUUGGUAGUCAGCCUCUCAAGCCCUGGAUCAUUGACUUCAGCUAUGUUCCUGUUCCUUCACAGCAUGAAAGAAUCUGGAAAGGGUCCUCUUUCUCCUAAAGUUCUUUUCAGCCAGCUCUGUCAAAAGGCGCCUCGAUUUAAAGGAUUUCAGCAACAGGACAGCCAAGAAGUUCUUCAUUAUUUGCUGGAUGCAGUGAGAAUAGAGGAAACAAAGCGCAUACAAACUGCAAUUUUAAAAGCAUUCAAUAAUCCAACUACUAAAACAGCAGAUGAGGAGACAAAAAGAAAAGUCAAAGCAUAUGGAAGAGAGGGUGUGAAGAUGAACUUCAUAGAUAGGAUCUUUGUUGGUGAAUUGACUAGCACUGUCAUGUGUGAAGAAUGUGAAAAUAUUUCCACAGUGAAGGAACCUUUUAUUGAUCUUUCACUCCCUAUAAUAGAAGAGAGGAUUUCAAAACCUGUUCCGUUUGGAAGGACAAGUAAAUGUAAACCUGUACAAGAAGCAGAUGUUGAUCAGUACAGCUGUUGUACUAUUACUACUUUGAAUAAUCAGCAAUUAAAACAGUCUAGGAAACAUACAUUAACAAAAGACAAGAACCAAGUAAACCACGAAAGAAGACUUGCCAAGAAAUCCUCCUCUGGUGAAGAAGAAACAAGCCCUGUUAUUAUGCAUGAAAAACCUAGAAGCAGUAAAACUGAAGGAGGCCCCAAUGUUCCAUGCUCAGGAGAUAGCAGUAUGGUGACGGAGUACACAGCAAAUGAAAGCCAGACUGAAGGCAGUGAAAGAGAAGCAAGCCGUUCUGAAAGUAGCAUCGAUGCAGACAGUGAGGCUUCUGAAAGCGAAAGCGCUCCUAAGCAAACGACUGUCACCAGAGCAUGUUGUGCAUCCAAUUGGCACACCAGUGGGCAUAAACACUUGCCUGCAAGCGUUAAGUUGCAACCCACCAAAUCACCUGAAAACUAUACAGAAGCACUUAUAAAUUCCUUAUCAAAACUGAGCUUUGGCAACACUGUCAAUGAGGGCGAAGGGCUGCUCAACAGAGAUCAACUAUCCGAUCUGUCAAACAACUUGGCCUUUUCAGCGGAGAAUUCCCCGUUGUUGCAAAGCCCUCAAAACGCUUUCCAGACUCUUUCUCAGAGUUAUAUAACAAGCUCUAAAGAAUGUUCGGUUCAGUCGUGCCUCUACCACUUUACAUCUGUGGAGCUGUUGAUGGGAAACAACAAACUGCUAUGUGAAAACUGUACAAAACAGAGACCGAAACAUCAGAAAAAAGCAAAUUCCGCAGAGAAGAAGGUGGAAGGCGUGUAUACAAAUGCCCGGAAGCAGCUGCUUAUUUCUUCAGUUCCUGCCGUUCUUGUCCUCCAUCUUAAAAGAUUCCACCAGGCUGGUGUAAGUCUACGGAAAGUUAACCGGCAUGUGGAUUUCCCACUAAUAUUGGACUUGGCACCGUUUUCUUCUGCUUCCUGCAAGAACGUAACAGAUAGUGGGAAAGUCGUCUAUGCUCUUUAUGGAAUAGUGGAGCAUAGCGGUUCCAUGCGAGGCGGUCACUAUGCAGCAUACGUGAAAGUCAGAGCUCCAUCCAAAAAGCUUUUGGAGCACAUUUCUAGCAAUAAAAAUGUUCAAGGUUUAAAGGAAUCUGUAGGAGCAACUGUAGGACAGUGGGUGUAUGUCAGUGAUACCCAUGUCCAAGUGGUCCCAGAAUCAAGAGUGUUGCAUUCACAGGCUUACUUGCUUUUUUAUGAAAGAAUACUGUAGUUGUGUUCAACAAUGAAAACAUAACUGUCCUUUAGACUUACUUAAA